AUGAAACUCUUCCAGCUCCUAGGAGGAAUGGUUUUCCUCACCUUCAUUUGUUCCAGCUACUCUGAGCAAAACCAAGUGAAUGUGCUGUGUUCGACCGAUUGGUUCAUGGUCACAGUUCACCCCUUCUUGCUGAAUAGUGAUGUGUAUGUUCACUUUUAUGAGGUCACCUUAGGUCUGGGAUGUCCUCCCAACCACGUUCACCCACACUUCUACGAGUUCACCUACCGCGUGACAGAAUGUGGCAUCCGCAUCAAGGCUAUCUCUCCAGACGUAGUUAUCUACAGCUCCGAGAUUCACUAUGCAUCCAAGACCUCAUCCUCUAGAUAUGUGAUCCCGGUGUCCUGUGCUGCCCCUCGUCGGUCCCCAUGGCUCACUAAGCCCUACCCUGUGCAAACAGCCAGUAACAACAUGGCGGCGACCCAGAAUGAUGACUCGUCCCAGAAGGAUGAGACGUGCUACUCAGUGUUCAGCUUGCCGGCGCCUACCCAACAAUCCAACUGCAGCUGUCCAUCUUAUGUCUUCCAUCAAGAGAGCAUGUAA